AUGUUGAGAGUGUUAGUGAUAAGGUUGAAGAGUGUGAUGAGGUUGUUAGUGAUAAGGUUGAUGAGCAUGAUGAGGUUAUUGGUGAUUCAAGAAAUGAUAAGACUAAUAAUGAGGAGAGAGUUAGAAUUCAGAAAAUAUUGGAAGAACCUAUUAACAAUGUUAAUAAGAGAUCACAGCCAAUUAUUACUGAGAGAACUUUCUCAUUCAAAGAUUCAUUGA